CGCCCGGGCAGCGGGAGGGCUCCGUGCCCCUGCCGGGCUGAGGGGAAGGACCGCGAUGGCGCUGCUCCUGCUGCUGCUCCUGCCGCUGCUGUCGGCCGCCGCCGCCUACCUGUGCUGCGUGCGGCGGCACACGGGCAGCGCGGGGGCCGUGCUGCGCCGCCGGGAGCCGGGCUGGGCCGAGGCGCGGGGCCGCAGCCCGCCGCGGGACCCUUGGGCCCCGCGGCUGUGCGGCUCCGGGCUGCGGCUCUUCGUUCAUGUGGCAAACACGGCUUUUGGACAGAUCUGCUUACUGCCACUUUUAAUAAGGCUGAACAACUUCUCGCUCAUGCGUUCGCUUGACAUUCAUGAAGAUCCCACGUUUAUCCCGGAGGUUGCUGCGGAGGUUGCAGAAGACAAGUCUGAGGCUAGAAGCACUUCGGAUAUUAUCGAGCAGCUGAUAGCUGCAAGGUCUGAUUCUGCUAGCAAUGGGUUUAGCUUCAAAGGGAUCAAAGACUACCUGGACUGCUACCGGAGUGGGAAGCUGACGCCAUCUCAGGUAGCAAAGAACAUCAUUGCCAUGCUGGAGGACUGCGACAAAUCCACGCCCCCACUCAGAGCGAUAGUGCAAUGGGACUCGGAGCAAAUAAUGCUGAUGGCUGAGGCCUCCACUGCUCGUUACAGGAAUAAAUGUACCCUGUCAUAUCUGGAUGGCAUCCCAGUGUGUCUGAAAGAAGAGUUCAAAGUGGUACCUUACCAUCACCGAGUGGGAACAGUGUAUCUUGGGACAGAGCCUGAAACAGAAGAUGCUACUGUGGCCAAGAAGCUGCGAGAGGCUGGGGCUAUCAUUAUUGGGGUCUCAAACAUGCAUGAACUAGGGACUGGAACAACUGGAUGCAACCCUAAUAGGUACCACAAGAUCCCUAGGAAUCCCUACAAGCCUAACCACUUCACAGGUGGGAGCUCCAGUGGGUCAGCAGCAGCUGUAGCAGCAGGUCUCUGCCCGGUGGCUAUUGGCACAGAUGGGGGUGGCUCUGUGAGGAUUCCUGCUUCGUUCUGUGGUGUGGUGGGGCUGAAAGGCACAUUUGGGCGCAUUAGUUCUUACGGCAGCUUGCCACUCUCCUACUCCACAGUCAGUGUAGGACCUAUCUGUACCUCAGUGGCAGAUGCAGCCAUUGUUUACAGUAUCCUUGCUGAGCCAGAUCCGCUCUAUCCAUAUGGACUAAAACAGCCCAAAGCAACUCUAUCUGAUAUGUGUGCUACUGACCUGAAAGGCUUAAAACUGGGAGUGGACUGGACAUUUUUUAAGGCAUGUGACGAUGAAGUCCUGUCCAUCUGUGAGAAAGCUGUGGAGCACCUGCAGAGUUUGGGAGCUAGUGUGGUUGAAGUGUUUCUUCCAGAGAUGGAGGAAGUUCGAGUAGCACAUGUAAUCUGCAUUCUCAGCGAGAUGAGGGACUUCCUGCAACCUGACUUCAAUAAACAUUUCCAGGAAAUGAAUCUGGACACUCGGGCUAACCUGGCCUUGGCUUCCCAGUUCACAGCUCUGGAUUAUAUUACGGCAAAUCGACAGAGAACUCGGAGCAUGCGAUUUUUGCAAGAGAUCUUCACCACUGUGAACUGUAUCCUUACACCAGCUGUUGCUUGCACUGCCCCAAGAAUCUAUGAAUCUGAUCUCUUGACUGGGAGCAGCGACCUGUCCUUCACAGUCCGGUCCAUGAGGUUCAUGCAGCUUGGUAACUUCACUGGGAUUCCAGGCCUUGUGGUCCCCAUUGGAUAUUCUGCUGCUGGGCUUCCCAUCAGUUUCCAGGUCAUGGCAAAAUGGUGGGAUGAAGCUGUUCUUCUGAGGAUUGGCCUGAAGCUAGAGCAGUUCCGUUACCAGACAAAAAAACCAUCCAUUUAUUACGACAUCCUUGCAUGAUGGAGUGACCAAGAAGGGGACUAAGCCUUUUUUUUUUUUUUUUUUUUCCCUAGUGUGACCUGAGCGAAUAUUAAGAGUGGACUUGUUUUCAGUGUUCAUCUGAGUAAGGCUCAGUAGUAGGCCCGUUUGAGGAAUGGGGAGGAACACUGGUCUAAGCAGGCACUGAUGCUUAGCAGCCAUCACUUCUGCUCCCUGUUUGUUAUUGGAUGGUCCAGUUUAUACUGGGGACACCAACUGUGCUAGCUAGUUCCUCACUGUGUUUUUGCCAACAGGGGAAGCUGCAACUAUCUUCUGCAACCCCUUUCCAUGUAAGUGUCCUGUGUAAAGAUGGAAGACAAUUGCAUCUACAGGACUGCAUGUGGGCAGUUCAUACUACUGUGCAGGGAAAGGUGCAAUCUCUAGACCUUAAACCUCACUGAACUCCUCCUGCUCCAGGAUAUAACAAAGGUACUGUUUUGAGGGGGGAAGAGACAGCAAAUAAUGCCUAGCUCCCUUGGAAUGAUGAGGAUCUUAACACAACUGCAAUUAGGUAGUUUUGUCUUUUGGCCCCUUACUUAGUUCCUCACAGCAAUAUAGCAAGCCUGUAGCUAUGGAAGUGUUGCUAUGCUGCUGUUCCUUAAGCUACAAACAGCCUAAGGUCAGUUCUUAACUGUUCCACGAAGUAAGGGUGUGCUUGCUACAUGAGCUGUCCUAUCUACCUUCGGCCUUAUGUGCAAGGGUAAGAAAAAGUAGAGCAUGAAUCCUCAUCAACUCGGCGAUUCAAAGCUCUGGUUCAGGGCUCACCAGGUAUCCUGGGCUUGUGAUCAGGCUGCUGGAGAAGCUGUCAUAUAGAUAGGAGCAGAGAAGAUAACUGUAUUCUUACUCAGCUUGGAAGGGAAGAAGGAACAGAAAGUAGUUGCAGUUUCUCCCAAACUCAGUACGGUUUGGGAGGGUUUUUCCCCCCCCCCAUACAUACCCACUCUUUAAGCAGAGCUAGCACUUUACUAAUGGCAAAGUUCAGUCAGACGGCAUCUGAAUGGAAGAACAUCGCAUUGCCAUCUCCUUAAUCACCUGAGUUAAACCAUCAACUCCUACCAUCAGCUGCCCCUAGCAUCCACAGUUAAAUUAUAUGGUUGAUACUGCCUUUUAAUUCCCCUAUGUGAUACUGCCACAACUGUUUUUUCACUAGAUUCUAGUAUAGUUCAGCUUUAUGAAGAAGAGUUUAAAAGUAAAUAUUUCUAUUAUUAAUGCUAAGUUAUUAAACACUACCAACAUACCUUAGAGUGAAACACUGCUGAAAUGCAUUGUAUAGCAAUAAGGGAGUUCAUAAGUGUUUGACAAGAAUAAAUUUCUGCCAGGAACAUUAUUGCUUGAAGGAAGUGACUGAAUAUUCCCUAAUUUAAUGCUAUUACUCAUGGGAUUAGAGAUGGAUGUUUAAAAUACUCAACUACAGUCCUUCUAGAUGAAGCUAUUUAUUUCAUAUCCCUUCCUAAAUGACACAUGAUGAAAAAUUAUAAUUUCAAUAUUUAAUUAAUUCUCUGGGCAAAGUGAGGGAGCUCAAGUUGCUAGGAGGAAUGAUAGGAGCUAAAGUUAAGAGUUUGUUGUCUUUUAAAAAUAAUACUCACAUCCUACUAACAGUGGGAAGAAGAAAGAACUGAGAGGUUUUACUGACUGACAAUAGUGUUGUCUGUCUUUUCUGCACACUGCUUCCUCCCUUUCUCUAAACUGGUAUCACAUCAGUGCACAUUUCCAGUGCAGCACUUCCCUGGUACUGAAUUUACUAUGAUAAACUUUACUUGUCCUGGUGAAAGGCC